AUGAAACGCUGCUCCGCUAAAAUAAAUCUCGCCUCGUUACGUCGACGGAUCGGGCGCGGUCCUCGAGGCGCGUGGUUUGACGCGAAUCGAUUAAGUUCGACAGUUGUUUCGAGCGAUUGUGGCGAAAGUUCAACGAUGGUGCCGAUAAAAGUUCUUAUAAACUUCAUUGCUUUUCUAGCUGUCGGGGUGUCGCCAGAGCAUCCCACUUGUGCUGGUGUCACCUUACCGGCGGCAAGUGAACAUUGGCUCAUCGUAUCCGGGAAGAUUGCCUCCUAG